GCAGUUUGCCAAAGCUAUAAGUAUGGCCUCAAACUUGCUGCAACAAUUUUCUUCACUCUCCCAAAUUUUUCUCGUUCCAUAUAUAUUCGUGACAUUUAUUGCAUCACAAAAUGGACGAACCAAUCUCGUACAUCCCAACCCAACACGCACACCUCCUUCCCUCCUUAGUCAAAAUUCAUAUGCGCUGCAUCAUGGAACCGCCAUACACUCCUGCUACCUUCCUCCCUCCUCUCAAUGAAGAAGUCAUGACUUCUUGGUGGCAAGAUCGUGCGAAGGAAGUGGAGAAAGAUCAGCGAGUUAUCAUCAUGCAGAUGGCUUCCAAUGCUACAACUGGUAAGGAAGAAGUCGCAGGUGUGGUGAUGCUUGAGAUGCCGGUCACGGAGACGGGACCCUUCAGAGGGGAGGUCCAGAAACUGCUGGUCCCGCCAGAAUAUAGGAAAAUGGGGGUUACAUCGAGGAUGAUGGCCAAGUUGGAGAAUGUCGCGAGGGAGAAAGGAAGGAAGUUGCUCGGUAAUCCAGCUGAGUUUGUCUAUCCUAAGCUAGGAUAUAUCAAGGUUGGGGAAAUACCUGGUUGUGAUAUCUCACCACUUGAUGGGAGCUUGAAGACUGCUGUGUAUUUCUACAAGGAUAUGCGCUGA